UCCGAAGCGCUGAACAAAGAAGUCGUCGCCAGCACAGAAACCAUGCAGACGUCCAAAUCAGAGCUCACAGAUCUCAAACGGUUGCUGCAGAGCCUGGAGAUCGAGCUGCAGUCACAGCUCAGCAUGAAAGCCGGGUUGGAGGGCACGCUGGCUGAGACUCAGAGCCGGUACGCCAUGCAGCUGUCUGGUUACCAGAACCAGGUACUCAUGCUGGAGGAGCAGCUGUCGCAGCUGAGGGCAGACCUGGAGCGGCAGUCCCACGAGUACCAGAGGCUGCUGGACAUCAAGACCAGGCUGGAGAUGGAGAUCGCCGAGUACAGGAGGCUGCUCGAAGGAGAGGGCACCGGCAGCAAAACCACCACCUCCACCACCUCCAAAACCUCCUCCUCCACCUCCUCCACCGCCUCCUCUGGGCCCACCAGCGUCACCACCAAAAAACAAAUCGUCAUCGUAGAGGAGGUCGUGGACGGGAAGGUGGUGAGCUCCCACAAAGAAGAGGUCACCCUGUGAGUUCCAGCAGAGGGCGCUCUCACAGAAAUGAACAUGCAAAUAAAAAUCCGCUGAGGAGUUUCAGAAUAAAAA